UGUAACGCUCCUCGUUGGUCUCGUCAGGAUUACCAGUUCUACAUCCAGAACUUCACGGCGCUGCAGCUCGGCAUCGUGGUCCCUCCCAGCAGACAGGCCACCUUUGAGUACUCCUUCAUCCCCGCGGAGCCGAUGGGAGGGCGGCCGUUCGGACUCGUCAUCAACCUCAACUACAAGGACAGCAACGGAAACAUUUUCCAGGACGCCGUCUUCAACCAGACGGUCACCAUCACGGAGAGAGAGGACGGACUGGACGGAGAGACGAUCUUCAUGUACGUGUUCCUGUCAGGUCUCGGGCUGCUGGUCAUCGUCGGCCUUCACCAGCUGCUGGAGUCCAGAAAGAGGAGGCGUCCUGCUCCUAAAGUAGAAAUGGGAACAUCAAGCCACAACGAUGUCGACCUGAGCUGGAUCCCACAGGAAACACUCAACCAGAUCAGUAGGUCACAUCCUGCACACACACACACACGUGCACGCGCACACACACACCGGCACACUCGUCAGCUCGCAGCUUCUGUCCUCUGCAGCUUUUUAUUCUUCACAAACAAUCAGCCUGAUGCUUCUCUUCUGUGCUGCGUUUCCUUUGGUUUCAGCUCACCAUGA